AUGAAAAAAUCUGUAGAUAUUUAUAUUGAAAAAUUUAUAUAUACAGAUUUAUAUAAAGAAUAUAAAAAAAUAAAAUAUAAUAAUUACGAUAUAUUUUGUAAGGAUAUAGAAACAGAUGUAAAUGAAACAUCCUUACAUCCAAACUUUCUAUCAACAAUACAAUUACAAAUAAAUAAAUAUGCAAAAAAAAGUCUGAACGAAAUAAGAUUUAAUACAAUUUUUUCUGAACAAAAAAUUUUUUCCACAUCUUCAAAAAAUCCUCCUUAUGUUUUUCAUCCCAUAUAUUCUAAUGUAAAUAAUAAUAAUAGUAAAAAUAAUAGUAAAAAUAGUAGUAAUAUUUCUUGUUAUAAUGACCAUGUUUAUUAUGAUGAACGAUUUAAAAUUAAAAAAUAUGAAAAUAUAUUCAUGUAUUUAAAUAAAGAAAAAAUAUAUGAUACUAAUUAUUAUAUCCCUGUAUGGAAUAUACAAAAUAUAAUAUCUUCUUUAUUUAAUAUACAUGAUAAAAGCUUUAUUUAUAAUAUGCUUAAUAUUAUAAUAGAAAAAAAAGAAAUAAAUAUGUUUCAAUUAAAUUUAUCUUCUGAAUUAAUCUCUCGCUUCUUAAUAGAAAUUAAUGGAUCUUUAUUAUCAUCUUUACUUUCAUUAAAAUAUAAAAUGUCUAUACAUAUAGGAGGAGGAAAUCAUCAUUCCAAAAAAGGAAGAGGUGAUGGAUUUUGCAUAUUUAAUGAUAUUGCUAUAUGUAUUCAUUUUUUAUUAUCUAAUAAUAUUAUAAAAAAUGUUAUUGUCUUAGAUGUAGAUGUUCAUCAAGGUGAUGGAACUGCAGAAAUUUUUCAUAACGUGUCAAAUGUAAAAACUGUUAGUAUACAUUGUAAAGAUAAUUAUCCUCAUAUAAAAAAAAAAUCAUAUAUUGAUAUAGAAUUAAAUUCAUAUAUAGAAGAUAAUGAAUAUCUUUCUAUAUAUGAAAACAUUUUUAAAAUUAUUAAAAAUAUUCUCUUACCAGAUACUAUCAUCUUUUAUAUAGCAGGAGUAGAUAUAAGUAAAGAUGAUGAUCUAGGUCUUCUUAAUAUAUCUGAUGAAGCAAUCUAUAAAAGAGAUUUCUUAACAUAUCGAAUGGCAAUACAAAAUAAUAUACCUAUUGUUACACUUAUCUCAGGGGGAUAUAACGAAUCUGAACACGUACUAACACAGAAGCACCUCCUAACAUUUAAGUAG